AAUGUCAAAACGCAAGUGCGUGCGUCAAGCGAUAAUCGAAAUUUCGGAUUCUGAGAAUGAUCAAGGAGAUGAAGAGUGCGUUAUUGUGGAAAGCAAUGACGAGGAUGAUGUGAAAAUUGAAGAACUUUCAGACGCGAGUGACAUAACCGUAAAAUCAGAGAGCAGAAAGAGUAAAAGUUUAGCAACGAAGAAAGUGAGGAAAAAGAUAGAAACAAAAAAUGCCCCUCCUAGAAAGAGAAGGAAAGCUGAUUGUAGCGGCAACGUUGUGGCAUCAUCACACGAUGAGGAAAAAGCAAAGCCAGAUCGUAAAAGAAAAACUACAACUUUGGACUUGGUUGUGUCAGAAAAGAAACUUUCGAAAUCUCAAAAAGUUGGAGCCAAGAAGAUCUCGCAGCUGGAACCAAAAUCAAAUGAUAUGUUGGCAUCUGAUUUUGCUCGACUCGCAGGAUCCAAUGUUCAAUUUGUCGAAUGGACAGACGUUGAUUACAUUCAAGAAAUGCAUGGUGUAAGCAGAUUCGUGGCUGAUAAUGUGAUAAAACUUUUUCAGGAAGAUAAUACUGUACCAUUCAUAGCACGAUACCGUAAGAACAUGACACAGGGCAUGGAUGCAGAUGAGCUAAGAAACGUGAAAAACAGUUGGGAAAGAGCCAAGCUCAUAAAACAAAAAGCCAAUGCCUUGAUAAAAGAAAUCGACAAACAGGGUAAAUGGACUCCAGAAUUUCAUGCUUUUGUGCAUGGCACAAAAUCUCUGAAUGAUUUGGAGCACUUGCAGUCGAUGUUUAAAGUAGUGAAAUCCACAUUAGCGGAAAGAGCAAGAGACCUUGGCUUAGGAAUUCCAGCAGAAGCUAUAAUAAAAGCUGAAAAAAUUGCACCCUUGACAAGUUAUAUCAAGCCGGAAACGGAGAGUCUCAGUACAGAGGAACAGGUGAAGGAUGGAAUAGUUUGUAUCCUUGCUGACAUGAUCAAUAAAGCAGAGGGUACGCUAUUAACAAUAAAAGAUUUGAGACAGCGGCAUUGCGUGUUUGUUGCAACUACAGUGAAAGCUGGAAGCAAAGUGGAAAAAGAGGCUCAGAGUAGUAAGCAAAAAGAUGAUAAAACCAAGUUUGAUCUUUAUCACAAUUUCUCAUGCAGAGAAAACAGCCUCAAACCUUAUCAGAUACUGGCUAUAAAUCGUGGUGAAGCUAGAAAAGUUCUCAGCGUCAAAAUAGAGUUUCCUCCACAAUUUGAAACAGGCUUCAAACGAUACUGUGAGAAGCACUACGAAUACGCUUGCAGAGUCUCGCCCCUGCACAGGAAUCUUUUGACAGCUGCUUUCGAUUAUGCUUGGAAUAAAUCGAUAAAACCUUCAAUAGGGCGAAGGACGAGACACGAACUCAACGAGAAAGCGGAAGUUGCUUCCAUGGACGUAUUUGCAGAGAACGUUAAGCAGCUUUUGCUCACACCACCUGUCAGAGGAAAAGUCGUUCUAGGGAUUGAUCCGGGCUUUCGCCAUGGGUGCAAAUUAGCUGUCGUUUCUGAACAAGCCAACCUUCUCGAAACUGCAACUAUUUAUCCUCAUGACUCUAAUAACCCAAAAUCAAAAAUUGAGGCUGAAUGUACUUUAAUCCGUCUCGUUCGCGAACACAAAUGUACCAUCCUGGCUCUUGGCAAUGGUACAGCUUGCCGAGAAACCGAAGUUUUUCUUGUUAAUCUCAUAAAAAAACGUGCCUUCGAUUCGCUCCACGUUGCGUACACUAUCGUUGACGAAACCGGAGCUUCAAUAUACAGCUGCAGUAAGGAAGCUACUACGGAAUUUCCAAAUCUCGAUGCUAAUGUCGUAUCCGCUAUCUCCAUUGCAAGAAGGCUACAAGAUCCAAUGGCUGAAUUGGUUAAAAUCGAACCGAAACAUUUGGGCGUGGGAAUGUAUCAACAUGAUUUACCAGAAAAACAAUUGGCCACUAAAUUGAACGAAGUAAUUAUGGAAGCAGUGAGCUUUGUUGGUGUCGAUGUAAACACGGCGUCUGUAUCUUUAUUGAAAAGGGUUGCUGGUUUAGGGGAUUCCAGAGCCAACCAUAUAAUCGAAUGGAGAAAAUCAUCAGGUCCAUUCAGAUCGAGGAGCGAUUUGAUGAAAGUGCCACGUAUCGGUGCCAAGACUUUUGAGCAAUGCGCUGGUUUCGUUAGAAUAAUGCCAGAAACGUCUGUUGGUAGUGAACAUCGAAGUGUGAAGAACUCGUUCAAUUACCUGGAUCAAACUUGGAUUCAUCCGGAAUCUUAUGAUGUAGCGAAAGCUUUUAUCCAUGCUGCAAAACUGAAUUUAACUGAUAUCGGUACAAAACCCUUCAUCGACGGGGUAACCCGAUUCGCGAAUCAGGGAUUCGAUGCUUUGGCACAAAAGUUCAAAACUACUGUAGAAACUAUGAAGAUAAUAGUUGAAGGAUUACUAAUGGAAAAGGGACAAGAUAUCAGAGCCAAAGCUGACGAUUCAAUGUUCCGCGAAAGUUUAACGAGUUUCGAUGAUUUGAAAGUUGGCACUGUUUUAACAGGUGUUGUUCGUAACAAUACACAUUUCGGUGCAUUCGUCGAUGUAGGCGUUGAAAAAUCUGGCUUGAUUCACACGAGUCAAAUGGGUGGAAUGACCUUGAGCGUUGGUCAGAGAGUCGAAACGAAAGUUUUGAAUGUUGAAAAAAAUCGCGGUCGUCUCGCUCUCACACUCGUCAAAUGUUUCUAAAGUUUCACAGUUUUUGUUUUUGAGAGGGCAAAAUUUUGUCAGAAUUUCAACACAUUGCUAUUACACUUUUCGUGCAUGUGUUUCGUUUUCUAAAUAUUCUUUUUUUUCACUUUUUUAUUAAUCAGUACCUGAAAAGGCUCAGUUCUAUGAUGUCAAACGUAACAACAAGAAGAAUUUUUUUUUAACCCCCUCGUUUUCAAUUUCCCAAUCAAAUUUGCUCAACGAAUCAUGAUGAUUUAUCAAAUAUUCACGUUGUUAAUUUCCAUCAGUGAUUUUACAUUACUAUCAUUUAUAUGAAAAUAUGUAUAAAGUGAUUGUAUCAUUUUCAUAAGUUUGCCGUGAUUGCCGCAUGGCAACUUGGAAACGGAACUUGAAUUAUACCCUCAACAUUACUAUUAUUUAGUGAAUAUCAUAUUUGUAUGAUAUCGUUGAUUUGGGAAUGAAAAAGAUUUAUUUCCAUACUACGUACACAAUGACUAUUAUCAUUGUAAAUCUGCUGCUGUUCAAACGAAUCGAUUCCAAUUUCACACAGCACAUAAUAAGUAUUUUUUCAUGGCAGGAAUCGUAGUUGGAUUGGAACGUCAAAGGAAAAUAUGAUUCUUGACAUUUUAUUUCUCAAUUUCAAUAAAUCGAACCUUGCCAAAAA